UAGCAGCAUCACAGUUCUUCAAAACUCUUUGAGAUCCAAACCCCAACUGAAAGGGAGGUCCCAUCACAUUGACACUCUCUUUCAUCAUUUUCUUCAUCAAAUUUACUCAGAUUUGGAUCUCCAUUAAAACCCUAAUCAUGCUCUCUCGCACUCUUUGAUCUGCAUUUUCUCCUGAUUUUUUUCGGAUUGAAAAGCUUCGGAAACUGAAGUAUCCCCUGUUCAGGAUUUUUUCGCUUAAAUUUUCAAGAAGAUGUAUAUGGCAUAUGGAUGGCCACAGGUCAUUCCUAUGGAAUCAGGGCUAUGCCCUUCUUCACAGCAAAUUGUGUACCUCAAAGUCAUUAAUCGCUUAUUGCUUGUCGUUUCUCCUACUCAUCUUGAACUAUGGUCCUCCUCACAGCAUAGAGUGAGAUUGGGCAAGUACAAGAGAAGCUCGGAUUCGAUUCAGAAGGAAGGCGAGAAUUUGCGAGCUGUUUGGAGUCCUGAUACCAAAUUGAUUGCAGUUCUUACCUCUUCCUUCUACCUACACAUUCUGAAGGUCCAAUUUACCGAUAGGAAAAUACAAAUUGGAGGCAAACAACCAACUGGUUUGUUUCUAGCAAGCAUAACUUUGCUCUUGAAUGAACAAGUGCCUUUUGCUAACAGGAACUUGACAAUGAGCAAUGUAGUUUGUGACAACAAACAUAUGAUAGUUGGGCUUUCUGAUGGAUCUCUGUAUAAUAUAUCCUGGAAGGGAGAGUUUUGUGGAGCCUUGGAUGCCUUUGAUCUUGAUGUUCAGUCUCGGGAUGGCAGUGGGGUUCCUAAACUAGCAAGUUCUUUGGAAAAUGGUCUUGCUUCUGGCGGGAGUUUAUCUUUUUCAAAAUGCAGUCAUCAUUUGUCGAAAAACUCUGCUGUGAUCCAUUUGGAGUUCUCCUUACCCUUAAGGUUGCUUGUUGUGCUAUUUUCUGAUGGACAACUGGUCUUAUGUUCUGUGAGCAAAAAGGGUCUGAAGCAAAUGGAGUCUAUCAAAGCUGAAAAGAAACUGGGCUCUGGUGAUGCUGUAUGUGCUGCAGUUGCUUCAGAUCAACAACUCCUUGCUGUUGGUACCAGAAGAGGUGUUGUUGAGUUGUAUGACAUUGCAGAAUCUGCUUCGCUUCUGCGUUCUGUUUCUCUGUAUGAUUGGGGAUAUUCAGUGGAGGACACUGGUGCUGUCAGUUGUGUUGCUUGGACACCUGAUAAUUCAGCUUUUGCAGUUGGGUGGAAGUUAAGAGGGCUAACAGUUUGGUCUGUUUCUGGUUGUCGCUUGAUGUCCACCAUUCGUCAAAUUGGCUUAAGUUCUGCAUCUUCUCCAGUGGUCAAGCGAAAUCAGGAAUGUAAAUAUGAACCUAUGAUGAACGGUACCUCGUUGAUGAACUGGGAUGAAUAUGGAUACAGGCUUUAUGCUGUUGAGGAAGGAUCUUCAGAGAGAAUAAUUGCAUUCUCUUUUGGAAAGUGCUGUCUGAACAGAGGAGUCUCUGGGACUACUUAUGUCCGACAAGUAAUCUAUGGUGAAGAUCGGUUGCUUGUUGUGCAGACAGAAGAUACUGAUGAACUAAAACUCUUGCAUCUUAGCCUACCAGUUUCCUACAUCUCUCAGAAUUGGCCAGUUCAACAUGUGGCUGCUAGCAAGGAUGGAAUGUACUUAGCAGCUGCUGGCCUUCAUGGACUGAUCUUAUAUGACAUAAGAUUGAAAAAGUGGAGAGUUUUUGGAGAUGUCACUCAGGAACAAAAGAUCCAGUGCAGAGGCUUGUUAUGGCUUGGGAAGAUUGUUGUUGUCUGCAACUAUGAUGAUUCUUCUGACGGGUAUGAAUUGCUUUUCUAUCCCAGAUAUCACCUUGAUCAGAGUUCACUUCUAUGUCGGAAACCUUUGCUUACCAAACCGAUGGUCAUGGAUGUUUACCAAGAUUAUCUUCUUGUCACUUACCGACCUUUCGAUGUCCAUAUUUACCAUGUGAAGUUAUCUGGUGAACUAACGCCUUCGAGUUCUCCCGAUUUGCAGCUUUCUACAGUACGAGAGCUAUCAAUCAUGACUGCAAAGAGCCAUCCUGCAUCAAUGCGUUUUAUUCCUGAUCAGCUCCCAAGAGAAGGCAUUGCAGGAAAUGGUGGUCUGUCAACUUCUUUGGAUCUGUCAGUCCGAGAGCCUACCCGAUGCUUAAUACAAAGGACAAAUGGAGAGCUUUCACUUCUUGAUUUGGAUGAGGGGAGAGAAAGAGAACUUACGGACUCUGUAGAGUUGUUUUGGGUUACCUGUGGUCAGUCAGAGGAGAAAGCAAGCUUGAUUGAGGAAGUUUCAUGGUUAGACUAUGGCCACCGUGGAAUGCAGGUUUGGUAUCCAUCUCCUGGUGCUGAUGUUUUUAAGCAAGAGGAUUUUUUGCAGUUGGAUCCGGAGCUGGAUUUUGAUCGUGAGGUUUAUCCUCUUGGUUUGCUUCCAAACGCCGGAGUUGUAGUUGGCGUCUCCCAGAGAAUGUCAUUUUCCGCAUGUACAGAGUUUCCAUGUUUUGAGCCAUCACCUCAAGCUCAGACUAUUUUGCAUUGCCUACUUCGACAUCUUCUACAGAGGGAUAAAAAGGAAGAAGCUCUAAGAUUGGCACAAUUAUCAGCAGAGAAGCCACAUUUUUCGCAUUGUUUAGAGUGGCUCCUUUUUACUGUGUUUGAAGCCGACAUUUCUGGGAGCAAGAAUCAGAGUGUUAUUCCCAAUCAUUCAACAAGUUCCUCACUUCUGGAUAAGACAUGUGAUUUGAUUAGAAAUUUUCCGGAGUACUUUGACGUGGUCGUUAGUGUUGCAAGAAAGACUGAUGGCCGGCAUUGGGCAGAUUUGUUUGCUGCUGCUGGGAGAUCGACCGAGUUAUUUGAGGAAUGUUUCCAAAGGAGAUGGUAUCGAACUGCCGCUUGCUAUAUACUAGUAAUUGCUAAGCUUGAAGGUCCAGCUGUAAGUCAGUAUUGUGCAUUGCGUUUGUUGCAGGCAACAUUGGAUGAGUCUUUAUACGAACUGGCAGGGGAACUGGUGAGGUUUCUUCUCAGAUCUGGACGGGAAUAUGAACCCACAACCACUGAUUCUGAGAAGCUAUCUCCUAGAUUCUUUGGAUAUUUUCUGUUUCCUUCUAGUCACCGGAGGCAAACUUUGGAGUCCAAAGGUUCAUUUAAGGAGCAGAGUGCACAUGUUGCUUCUGUUAAGAAUAUUUUAGAAAGUCAUGCAAGCUAUUUGAUGUCUGGAAAAGAACUGUCAAAGCUCGUUGCAUUUGUGAAGGGCACGCAGUUUGAUCUUGUGGAAUAUUUGCAGCGAGAAAGAUAUGGAAGUGCUCGUUUGGACAAUUUUGCUUCAGGCUUUGAACUUAUUGGGCAGAAGCUUCAGAUGGAAACAUUGCAAAGUCGUUUAGAUGCAGAGUUCCUUUUGUCUCAUAUGUGCUCUGUGAAGUUCAAAGAGUGGAUUGUAGUAUUGGCCACACUUUUGAGGCGGUCUGAGGUCUUGUUUGAUUUAUUUCAGCAUGAUUUACGCUUGUGGAAAGCAUAUAGCAUUACUUUAAAGACCCAUCCAUCAUUUGUUGAAUACCAUGACUUGCUUGAAAGUUUGGAUGAAAAACUUUCAUCCACUUCAAAUUCAGAAGAGACGUGAGCUCUCUGGAUGUAAAGAGCGCCCUUGGUCAGCUUUGCUAUUAAUGGUUAAAAGAGCUUCCAGUGAGAUUUUCUACUUCAAGCUUUAACCGCACCAACUUGAAAUCAGCAUCAAUGUGUACUGCUCUAUUGGGAAGGGGGUUGAGCGGCUCUGCAAAAGGCACGAGAUGAGAUUUUCGGUUCCUGUUCUACUUUUACCCAUCUGUGUCCUGCAGAAUUUAUUUUGUAGAUAGGCAUAUCAUUGCUAUUAGUUCUUCUUUGGUUUCCAUGGUCCUGUUUCUUUUUCAUGAUUUAUAGUUUGUAUCAAAUUUUAGCUUUUUCAUCAAGGGUGUGGGUGAUCGUAAUGAAAAGGGACACCUCUUGUAUGAAAGAUCUGAUCUUCCGAUAAAUAGAGAAUAGAGAAGAUUUUGUGCAUUACUGCAUCACUUUUUCCAUGUUCCUUUACUUCUUUUUUAUUUAUUUACAGUUUAUACCAGAUUUCAUCUUUUUCAUUGAGGGUGUGGGCGAUUGUAAUGAAAAGGGGGGACUCUUGGAUGAAAGAUUUUGAUCUUCUGAAAGUGAGUAUCCAGAAUAUUUUGUGCAUUUCAUCAUGUGGACAAAUAAAGCUGAAUAUUUAUGCUUCA